ACAUAUAUAUUGUUGGGUACAUUGAGUCUGUUCUUCAUAGAAAACUGUCUCUUUACCACAUUUGUGUGAAAAUGACCGAUAGCGGAUGAGUCAGCCCGAUCACCCCGAACGUAAACCAGCUCAAAUCAGACCGAAAGAGGAACAUAAAAAAAGGACGAUCCUGCAGUGAGAAUGACAGAUGAGAGAAAAGAGAGGUGAAAGUCAUAAUGAGGAAGUAGUAGCUCAGUUAAUACAGGAAGAAGAUACGUUAGUGUUUAGAGACUUACACAGACAUCAGGGAGAAAAGAGACAAAGGAGAACAAUGGACGAAUCCAGGUGGAUUAAAAUAUCUGUAUUUUUGAUGCUGAUUCUUCAGUUUCCAGGAGCACUAAGCAGACAGCUUCACCUCAACUUCACUGUCAGAGAUGGAGAUGACGUCACUUUGUCUUGUGAAAAUGUGAUAAAUGAUCACUGUAACUGUGACAGUACAAACUGGAUCUUUGCUGGUUCAAGAAAGAAAACAACAGUAGAGCUGGUUGAACUUGGACAGAUCAGAUCUAAACCAGACAGACUGAGAGUUACAACAAACUGUUCUCUGGUUAUAAAGAAGGUCACAGAUGAUGAUGUUGGUCAGUACACCUGCAGACAGUUUAACAAAUCAGGAAAACAACAAGGUCCAGAUGCUCAUGUUGUUCUGUCUGUUGUAACCAUGACUGAACACAAUCACACUGAUCAGGUGACUUUAACCUGCUCUGUGAGGACAUAUGAACCAUGUAGACAUUCAGUGAAGUGGCUGCACAGAGGUCAAGAAGUGGACAAAGGAAACAACCAAUUAAUAAGAUCACAGUCUUCCUGCUCUGUUUCUGUCAAGUUUCUGACUUCUCAUUUCAGUUACACACAAAGAUAUGAACUGUUUAAGUGUCAAGUAACUACAGAGACUAAAGAAGUGAAGAAUUUUACCUUCAGCCGUCGUCCAUCAGGUGAGAAAACACAAACACCACCAACAAAACCAACACCACCAACAACAUCAACAACAGGGUCUACAAGCAAGGACCCCUCAACAAACAUGACAUAUGUGUGGUACAUCAUUGUUGCUGUGGUUUUAGUCGUCCUCUUAAUAAUCGUUGUGACAGUCGUCAGAUGGAAGAGAAGUAAAGGCAACAAGACAGCCGACAAUGGCAAAGUCGCCCUGACAUCAAAACCUGCAGAGAUCGAGUCUGCACCAGGAACCAGUCAGGACAUGGCUGAUCCUGAAGAUGGUGUUUCCUACGCCUCCAUCAGCUACACCAAGAAAACCAACAGCAGAGACAAAAUUCGCAGUAAAAAUGAUGACGAAGGUGAUGCAGUGACCUACAGCACAGUGAAAACUUCCUCAACCGAUCCCAGCAACCUCUGCGCAUCCGUCAAGUAACCUAACAAAAGCGAAAGCAGGUCAUCGGAUCACUGCUUCUGUGGAAAGCUUCUUACUUAGAAGGGAUGUUGGCACAUUCUGGUCAAAAAGGAGAAGUAAUAACUCAGCAUUUAUGCAAAAACUGAGCAAUGUUUGACAUUUCUUGCUUAAAGAGAAGUGUGCGGUUGUCGGACCAGUCUCAGGUUAUUGAUCAGGGUACAGCUCUGCAGCUUGUCUUCAGUUUAAUUCUUCUGCAAACACAAUGCACUGUUGUUUAAUUCAUGCCUGGAGUUUGGGGCGAUGACUUUGGACAUGAGUAAUGCUUUCAUAGUAAGAAAGGUUGGUAAAUGUAAACCAUACCACAGGGCUAAGCUCUCCUGAGAAACACAAAAAGGUGAGAAAAUUCUUUUUUAAAUAACUUAAAGCAGAUUGUGUUGAGUUUGGAUGACACCAAGGGCAGCAACAGCACCAAAAAGUCAAAAAAAAAAAAACAAAACAUAGACUAUCUCUAAAUGGGCCGAUUUAUUAAUAUUACAGCACCAGCAACAUUAAUACUCCUGGGUCAGAUCUAAGCUGUGUAGGACUACAACAGCUGUGAUGGGUCUGAAAUGCAUUUCUUCAUUUAGGCACCAACACCAUCCCCUCAGACAUCUUCUCUCCCUUCUGUAUUGUAGUUAUUACAGCAGUUUACCAUUUACCAGUUGCCAUUGUUUUAAGUGCAUGCAGCACAGUUUACCAGCCACCAACAGUAAUUACAGAUGCUAACAGCAGCAGCAGCAGCAGUAAUUGUAGAAAUGUCACCGCUGUGGACUCUGUAGCUGAAACCCACGGCUAAAUUUCUGGAAAAGGUGCACGACAGGCUACACUGUAGACCCAACACGGAUGCAUAAAUCUCUAAAGCUGAUGGAGUCCAUAAAGCCUUUAUGUAAAAAUUUCUACGAUAAACUGUAUAUAAAUAUGAACAAUGCGUCCCCACUUCCUUGCAUUGGCCAAUCUGAUGCUAUUUUCCCAGGCAUAUGGGCGGCACCACAUUGUGACUUUGGAGCCAGAGUCUAAUCAGUACGGUCUGAGGGCGGAGCCACAAUAUCGAUGCCCCGCCCUCACUUCCUCCAGACUCACGGUCAUUUUAAUACUCUCUCUCCUCUACCUCCACCGGUUACAAGGAAAUGUCUCAUUGGGUCCACGCUACAGAGCGGUUGGCAUGGCAACUGGUGGUCGCUGUCAUGUCACAUCCUGUUUCGACUGCGUCAAAUAACUUAUAUGAAACUUAACCAAAAACACAUUCAUCAGCAUUAUAUUAAUUACCUAAAAUGAAAAAAAAACUUAUGACCUAUACUGCAGCCAGACACCAGGGGGAGCUCUACUAGCUUUGGCUUCACUUUAGAGGAACUGUUGCGAUGUCUAUCUUUAUACAGUCUAUGGUUUACACUGGAAAGUGAAUGUGUGCACCAGUCAUUUAAACUGCCCCGUAUCAGUGUUAUAUUUUUGUGUAUUGUAUUAUUACUUAAUUUAAAGGGGAAAUGAAAUGUACAUAUUAUUAGUAUUCAGUUACAGCUGGUAUGAAUGGGCUAACAUGGCUAGCUAAGCGCUCCCAAGCUAAUUAUUUUUUAAAGUAACUUAAAGCAGAUUGUGUUGAGUUUUGGUCAGACCAAGGGCAGCAACAGCACUGUAAAUGGGCUGAUUUAUUAUCAAUUACAAACGACAAAAUCAAACAUUUGGUGUUUCUUGGCUUGAAAGAAAGAAAGGACUGGCUAAUGGCAGGUGGAGCCAGGAAUUCAUGUUUGUGUUGUCUGUGAUCGCUUUCGGAGGGCAAGUCACAUCAGAAAAAAGCUGAUUCAGCAGUGUGAGACGCAGCAGUGGUUAAAUAGUGCAGUGGACAGUGGCUCAGGCUGCGGUUCAAACCCUGGUUGGUGCAAGAACACAUCCCAUGAGCAUCCCACUCAUGGGCGACUGGUUGCCAUAGAUUCAAUAGGUGGGGAUUCUCAGCUUGAGCUUCAUCUUUUAUUUAUUUUAUUUUUUUUUAUUUUUUAAUUUUUAGUUGAUAUUAGUUGUAUUUUGUAUUUGGUGUUUGUGCUCGAAAUCUUUGUUGAGUGUGUUAAAUAAGGCUGAUGUUACUGAAGUGAAGUGUUCUGGUUUUAAUUAAAAUGUAGCCUGUUGUAAAAGGGAACAGUUCCAUCUCUAGCACUGUUUUGGUUUAUCAUUACAUUUGUUUGUUUUGUUGUUUUUUGAGUGUUGACAUACUGUGAUAUUCUAUUCUACAGUCUCAGAUUCAAACUGCUAAAUCUUUUCGUUCAAUAAAGUUGAGAAGUUGAAAAUGUU